UCGUAGGUUAGAUGGCCUCAGUUUUUCUCGUGUUGGUUGUUGGUAUAUGUGUAUUUACUACUGUCUCUAGUGUUACUUAGAAUAUAAGCUCAUAAUUAUGGUUUCUUUUUUCGGAAACACGGGGUCAUUUGUUAAAAUAUACUGAUAGCUUUUUACUUCUGACGUCUGGUGUGUGAGAUUUUCACGUGGCCAGACCAUUUAGAAGGGAAACAAAAGCACAACUAUUGAGGAUAAAACAAGUGAUAUGGCUGGUGGAUUGGAAAAGUUUGGUGUAUAAGAUACAGUUUUAUUGCAGCAAUUUACUUUUUAUCGAUGUUACUUGUUCCUGUUUUCGCGACUGGUGAUUCGUAUUUUGAACCAAGCUCAGCUGUUAUUCUUGGAAGUUUUUCCAAGUCUUAAUGAGUAAUAGCAAAUCAAUAGCGCCUGCAAGCAUGCAACAAAAGAAAUGAAAAGCGUAAAGCAUGGAAAUGUAGAAAUCUUAAACCCUUCGAAGCUUCGCGAAGAAGGAAUGGAAGAAGAGCCUGUUUGUCGCGAAUAAGUGAUACGGAAAAGUAGUUCAAUGUAGCGAGCCUUGAGUGGAUUACAUAAAUUGAGUUUUCCCUCCUUUUGUGCGAGAAGUGGGGCUCGUGAUUCACAGGUGGGGGGGGCACUUUGUACAAGUGUGAAGGUGAGGGCCUUGAGUCAUGUAAUCACUGUUUUCAUCCGAUUGAAUCCUGGAUGCUAUACCCAGUUGGUAAUUUGUGAAAGCUAUCUACAGCACGGCUCGAAGCAGUGUGUAAGGAAUAAGUAGAUAGCUGUUUUUAUCCGAUCGCCAGGAAUACCGAACGAAAUCCCGUCUCUUUAAUCCCGUCACUUGGAUAGAAAACAAUCAAUCGCUAAGCUGAAGAAUGGAUAUUGCGGCUUUUGCGUCUACUAUGGCUGCCAAGGCUUCGGCACAGUCGGCCCGGGAUCGGGUGAGUCAACCGGCAAACGAUCUGGCCAGCGGGGAAACGUCCGGUUCGAACCACGAGGGAACAAGCAGCAGGAUGCACCACCGAAUGCCUCCUUCCCACGUCCAUCCGCAUCCACAUCCGGCCACCAAUCCGGCGCAGGCCAACAAGCUAAAGUCCUUCAUGGGUCGGACGCCCAGUGCCAUCAAGUCCAAGUUUCUGUCCGUGCUCGGUAACAGCACCGAGAUAAUCAAUGGCAUAUCGAAUAAGAUUGACGCCGCCCUCAGCCUCUCGUCCUCGGAGGAAACGGAAACGACGGAAGGUCGCCUGCAGGCCAAAGUAGACAAUAUGCUCAGGCAAAAGUACGAGGCAGCACAAUGGAAGCAGCCAGAUGAUCGUUCGGAGAGCCAGGAAAUCGAUUUCGAAUUGCGGCGAGCCAAGCAGCGGAGAGCCCAAGAGGAGGUACUUUCCGGGCGCUACAGGAAUCCGGCAUUCAGUCACCCAACAUCAAACGGCAGCCCAGCACAGCCGGUUCCAAUUGCGGAUGGACCCCCUUCGAACAGCAUUAGUACCGAGUUUAGCCAUAGUAAUUAUAGCAACAAUUCAUGUUCAAUUGACUCGAAAUCGCCAUUGCCAGCGGCCGGGGAAGAGGAAGAUGACGAUCAGUGGCCCGGAGAAGUGGUGCCCUCUUCUGGAACGCCAGCAGCUGAAUCGCCGAUUCCAUCAGCAGCACCAGCACCAAUGAAUUCAGGGAUAGCUGUAGCAAUUUCCAUGGCCACGACGGAGACUUUUGGAACGAUUGCACCCGUGAAGGACUUCAUUAGAGAACCAAAAUUGGGAAUGCCCAGCAGUGCCUCGACUAGCGACAAUGAAUCCUGCAUCCUCAGUGCCGCCACGCUGGAAUCGUCGGAACAGAAAAUGUGGAUCCGAUCCGAGUCGGAAAACUCCGUCCCAUCUUGGGCGUCAUCCAUCAGCCUGGACAGCCAAUCGGAAGAAGCGAUUCUGGACUUUAUGAAACGGUUCAUCGAGAUCCUGUUUCGAGACAGCUCAUCAAUCACUCUGGAACUGAAGUCUGACUUUGGCCAGUACGCUAGGACGGAAUCCGGACGACUGUGGUUCUCGCGUUUGGUCAAUGCACAACGAGCCAAAUCUAAGCUGGUCGAUGAAUCAACCUUCUACUCGUUAAUCCAGUAUUUUGCGAUUGUCCUUUUCGAAUGCAAUGAAAGCGAAGACUACUCCCCGGCCAAAACACUUAUGAACAUGUGCUUUACUUUCUACCAUGACAUUGCCGUACCAGGCUGUGCACCGUACCGUGAAUAUCUGUACACCUACCUUAGGGAUCAACCGAUUUGGCAUUCGCUGCGGUUUUGGAAUGCGGCCUUUUUCGACGCCUUGCAAACGGAACGCAAACAUCGACCGGUUCCUCCGACGAAGGUGAUUUCCUCAACGACAACCGGAAACUCACAGCAGCAACCCAACAAAGACAGCCACGGGCAUCACCACCGGAAGGAUGAUGGAACCGGUAAAAAUACACUAGUGGUGCCGGAGAAUGAACUUUCGUCGUCGACCAGUGCCUGUGAUCGAACGGAUCCUUUCGAGCUGCAGGAAGACAAGAAGUACCACCAAAACCUUAGCUUUGGGCAGUUGGGGAGCUUCACGUGCAACAUGCACGCAUUCGGACUAAGUCGUGAACUUUGCCACGAGUUUCUCAUGAAACAGUGCGUGAUUGCUAACCUCAACUCAGAGCAACAGCGGCUGCUGAUCGACAACGUUAACCGGAUGUACCGGGAAACGGAUCCUUGGCGUGAAAACUAGCUGGAAUGCUGUUUGUACCGACCACAGCACAGAUAAGAUAUAGCAAAUCCCUAGCAAAUAGGUAACACCAAAAUGAACGAAUCGAUGGCUGUUGAACCAAAAUGAGCAAAUUUAUAAUAAGUACCGUGUUUCAGUAUUUCUCAGCUAUCGAAUUUCUCUGCAUACAAUUUAAAGAACCAAACCAGUUGUUUCUACUAAACUCUUCUAAGCAUAUAGGCACGUUAAUCGAUUGUUUUCAUUAUGCGUACUUUAGAAUCUCAACUUGUUACUACGCUCCAUCAUGACACGAGUUUUAAUCUUUGAAGAUGCGAGACGGAAUCGGUAAUUGAAGCUUUAUUAAGGAUAUUUAAAAACAACAAAAAAGAGGCAAAAGUGACAAACAAGUUUGUGAUAUAUUUUGUGAUUUUUAGCCUGAAAAAGUGUGUCUGUUGACGUUGUUGAGUUGUUAUGAGGGCAUCGGACACAUGAUAACAACAACAAAUAAAAAAACCAUAAAUACCAAAACCUUAGCAACAUAAAACAUUUAGUAAUUUUUUACACUAAACAUUGUUUCGGCUUAGCCGUAAUCGUCGAUCGAUUUGAAGCUAUAGCAACAAAAAUGAAAUGAUAAAUGCCUACAACAAUGAUUAUAGUAUUUUCUACUCAUUCCAAUACAAGCAUUAGAUUUACUAAGCAACAAAGUAUUAUACCAACCAAGCAUCUAUAGAAUUAAGACGAUACACCAAAAAACAUUGAACAAGCAGAACCGAGUGAUAGUAAACUAAGGAUGACCGGUAAGAGUAAGGAUCUAUGGAAGACCAAUCGGAUAGAAAAGGGAUAAGCUCCCGGAUUUGGAAGUUCAACCGGAAUGAGACAAUAAGAAAAAAAGAUCUACAGACGAUUGGUAAGCAAUAGCAAUGCUUUUGAAAGCAAACAAAAUCUUGAAUAUAGAGGUUUAACUUAUUUUAAAUUGAAAAUUAUGAAUCAAAAUAAAAAAAAUCUAUUGUAUUUUAAAUUCUGAAAGAGAAUCAUGUUAUCGGAAACGAAGUGAUUGAAAGCACGAAGAAAGGGUGGUGUUCUGUAAAAGUUUCAGCAGAUCGGCACCAUUCGAGCUGUAUACAUAGGUACAUACUACUGAUUGAAAAUUGUUAAAUUUUACAUCUUUGUUACCAUUUCAGAGAGAGAAGUCUUGACCAUGAGUAUAGAAAUGAAUAAAAUAAACACAUUAUAAGACCAUA